AAUAUGGCAACUAUUUAGAUAUGCUAAACUUAAAAUUUUAUCGUCUGCUAAACUUAUCAAUUUUAAAGAAUACAAUUUUGAAAACAAAUAUACAAAUGGAUAUCGCUCCGAAAGAUUCAGUAGAUUUACGAGGCAAGGAAAAGUUGUUGGUUUUAAAGUCUUCCUGGCUUUUCAUUUUAAAUUAUUGUUUUGAGAUUUGGAUAAAGUUUAUUUAUGCUUUUCUAAGAAUGUAACUUUACAUUAUUUUCAUACGCCUCCUUUAUAAAUGUAUAUUUACUUAUACGUUAUUAUAUUCUAUUCACGAUCUGAUUUGAUUACUGCGUUUAAGAGUUUCAUUUGAUAACAAGGAUGCACUAAAGGAUUUUGCAAUAAAAGAUCCCUUAAAGUUAUUUGACCACUGGUUUAACAUUGCUCGUAAUACAGAUAGCAUUAUAGAGCCUAAUGCUAUGGCAAUAGCAACUGCGACAAAGAGUGGAAAACCUUCAGUGCGCUACCUUCUUUUAAAAAGUUAUGGCGAAGAUGGAUUCUCCUUCUUUUCCAAUUAUGAGAGCAGGAAGGGAAAAGAAAUUGCUGAAAAUCCUCAAGUAGCACUUUUAUUCUAUUGGAAUACGUUGUGUCGUCAAAUUAGAAUUGAAGGAACUGUAGUUAAACUUAGCGAAAAAGAAUCUGAGGAUUAUUUUCACCAACGUCCUCGAAGUAGUCAACUUUCUGCUUUAGCCAGUCGCCAGAGUGAAGUUAUUGAAUCAAAAGAUGUUGUGGAAAGAAAAAAAGAAGAAUUGGAAAAUAAAUAUCCUGAAGGUACUUCUAAACUUCCUAAACCUGAUUACUGGGGUGGCUACAAAGUGAUACCCGAAUCAUUCGAAUUUUGGUGUGGAAGAAACGAUCGGUUUCAUGAUAGAAUGCGCUUUAGGAAACUGUCUGAUAAGGAAAAAGCUGAUGAAAAGUUAAUCCAUACUGGGGAAAAUGGAUGGAUAUAUGAAUAUUUGUCUCCCUAAUUCCUAGCUUGUUAUGUUUUGUACAUGUUUUAUAUUUUGAUACAAUUUAUAAUUGCAAUUAUAAUUAUUUCUAUGAUGUAUAUUUACACUUCAAUUUUUUAAAUUUUUUUUAUAUAUUUAGGCAGCUUAAAACUUGCUGUUUCAUUUAAGAGUUUUAAAAAAAUAAUUGUCUCUGUUUUGACUCUUUAUCCUAUUUUUAAUUUUAUGAACUGAAAGUUUAUCAUUUUCUAUUGUUAAAAUUUAAAGGCUUGAAGCAAUAUAAUAAGUCACAUUUUCAAAUCUUAUUAAAGAGCUUUUUUCAUUAAAGAAAAAAACACGAGUUCUAUGUUUAAUUUAGAAAAAAAUUCUAAAUUGAAGAUUACAAAACAUACAUUUAUUAUAAUUAGUUGAUUUUAAUACGGCAAUAAUUUUAAUAAUUUUAUAAUUAAAUGUUAAUUUGUUACACUUUUUAAUUUCCAUUUUCUGGCUGAUUCCAUCUUCUAUAUCUGAUAUGGGCAGGGUUCUCAAACUAAUUUGGGUCAGGGGUUCUUUGAAAAUAGAUUUCCAAAAUUUCUCAAAUGAAAAUUAAUUUUUUUAAACCUUUAGCACAGGAAAAUGUUUAUCAAUAUGUUGUUAUUCAGACUACCAACCAUAUUAGUGCAGAUGAUAUCUGUUAUUAUUCACUGUUUUAUUUAAUGCAUAUUUCUACUUAAUGAUAUAUUUGUCCACUAUUUUUACCCGUUUUGAAAACUAGCAAUUUUAGGUUAUUUUAUUAAAUAAUGAAUAUUUAAUAAAUAAAUUGCUAAUUUCGAAAUUAAUCCUUGGGUUGGUAAUAAAAAUUUGAAACUAAUUUUAAUUAUAUGGUGAUUUUUUCAUAUAAUAUAUUAUAAAAGAGCAAUUUUUAAAUAUUUU